CCCACCAAAGGCUUGGUAAAUCCGCCACCGCGCCCGACGCAAUUUCGGGUCAGUAACUCGCAAAUAACCGAAAAUGGCAAGCGGAGCAUUUCAACCUGGGACGGGUGUGGCCCCUGCCACCCUAGUAGAACUCUCUGUGUCAUGCAGAAAAUUGAUUGACGCAGAUGUCUUUUCCAAGUCAGAUCCCAUGUGUGUUCUUUUCACCCAGGAUCAAAGCAAGAAUUGGAAAGAGUUUGGGCGAACUGAAAUCAUAUGGAACAACCUUAAUCCAGAUUUUGUCAAGAAAUUUGUGAUGCAUUACUAUUUUGAACAAAGCCAGAAAUUGAAGUUUGAAGUCUAUGAUGUGGAUUCAAAGAGUGCAGAUUUAUCUAAGCAUGACUUCCUGGGGAGAAUGGAGUGUACCCUGGGAGAGAUUGUGUCAGCAGGAAGUAAAUUCAUGAGAAGACUCGUAGGACCAAAGAAAGACAGUGGAGUGAUUAUAGUUGGAGCCGAGGAGCAGAGCAGUUGUAAGGAACAAGCAACUUUGCAGUUCUGUGCCCACAAAUUGGACAAGAAAGAUUUCUUUGGAAAAUCAGAUCCAUUUUUAACUUUCUACAAAACUAAUGAGGAUGGUUCAUACACAGUGGUUCACAGAACUGAAGUUAUAAAGAAAACCCUCAACCCAACAUGGAAACCUUUUUCAAUUCCCGUGCGAUCACUGUGUAAUGGGGAUUAUGACAGAACAAUCAAGAUAGAGUGUUAUGACUGGGACGCGGAUGGUGGGUAA